AUGGCUCGGUCAAUCAUUUUAGCCGUCACGCUAGUCCUCGCAGCCGUCGUCUGCCUGUCGGCCGUCAGCGUUGACGGCGCUGCACCGCCGACAAAGACGCAGCUGCGCGCCGAGCUGAAGAAGCUAUCGGCGACGAUCACGAAGAAGUACCCCAAAUACGCCAAGUACUCGGCGCAAGUCAACAAGGUCAUCAAUGUUGCAUUGAACUCCAAGUACGAUUUCUCCGCGCUCAAGAACUCCACGCUCCUCCUGAUGAACGACGCCGUGGCUGACGCGCUAGCGAAGCGCUUCAAGGGCAAGAAGAUCUCCACCGAUACCGCCUACAACCUCACCGCCGUCCAGAUCAUCGCGACCCCGCGUCACUCGCUUAGCGCCCCUCUGUCCCCUCCUUUCCGCCCCUGCAUUCCCUCCUUUCCCCCCCUUGCUUCUCCUCCUUUCCCCCCUUACUUCCCCUCCUUCCCGCCCCCCCCGAUUCCCCUCCUUUCCGCCCCUGCUUCCCCUCCUUUCCCCCCCUUGCUUCCCCUCCUUUCCCCCCCUGCGUUCCCUCCUUUCCCCCCUUUGCUUCCCCUCCUUUCCGCCCCUGCAUUCCCUCCUUUUCCCCCCCUUGCUUCCCCUCCUUUUCCCCCCCUUGCUUCCCCUCCUCCCCCCCCCCCCCUGAUUCCCCUCCUUUCCGCCCCUGCAUUCCCUCCUUUCCCCCCCUUGCUUCCCCUCCUUUCCCCCCCUUGCUUCUCCUCCUUUCCCCCUUUGCUUCCCCUCCGUUCCCCCCCUGCAUUCCCUCCUUUUCCCCCCCUUGCUUCCCCUCCUUUCCCCCCCUUGCUUCUCCUCCUUUCCCCCACUGCAUCCCUCCUUUCCCCCCUGCUAGCACAUCGUUCCCGCCUGACUUGA